GCCACUGCCACUGGGAGUGGGGGGAAAACGACGCGAGCACUGCCAUGUGUGCGUGCAAGGAGGGGUACAAUACUGGAAAGGAGUCCACAACAUGUGUUCCCCUGCUCUCACAAACGGAAUGGGCUGUGUUGGAGAGUCUAACGGCUGCAUGGGGUGGCUUUGAUGGCAAUGGCACAUGGAAGAGUGGCAUCCCCUGCGAGAAAAUGAAUAACGUCAUAUGUGACGAUGCCAACCAGAUUGUAGCGCUUGACGUAUCCUGGCAAGGCAUCUGGGGAAACAUUCCAGACGCCAUCACUGGCUUGGAGAGCCUGAGUGUGCUGAAUCUGACAGGCAACUACUUCACUGGUACCCUGCCGAAAGCCUUAGGCAGUCUAUUGAGCCUCGUGUCUCUGUCUGUCAGCAACAACUACUUCUACGCUGACACUCUCCCCAAGACAAUGUGCAAUGCGUCCGCCCUCGACAUGAUAGCCAUCUCCCUGCAGGGCAACUGCUUCAACUCCAGCGCCAUGCCCUGCGACCUCACCCACACCCAGCGCCAAAAUUGCUCCGCCUUCUGCGGCCUCUCCCCUCCCUCCACCGUGCCCUGUGACGGCCACGGCUACUGCCACUUGGUUGACGGCAAUGCUACGUGUGCAUGCAAGAAGGGGUACGGGCACGGAGAUAAUUCAAGCACAUGUGUCAACGUAUUGCCAAAAUCGGAAUGGCUCGCUUUGGACGCGCUGAGAGUGGCCUGGGGUGGCUUCAACGGCUCAGGCACAUGGAACGAAAGCUUCUCUUGUGUGCAGAUGUUGCAUGUCAAGUGCAACGAGUACAACCAAAUAGAGAAACUGAACGUUUCUGGGCUAAACAUAUCGGGUUUUAUUCCAAGCAGCAUUGAAGGCCUGUCGCACCUCACAUUACUCAAUGUGUCCAACAACGCUAUAGCGGGGCCCAUUCCAGACUCCAUCAGCUGUCUAACGAAGCUCAGAAUCUUGGACUUGUCACACAACCAACUGUCAGGAGCUUUACCAAGUGGGCUCAACAGCUUGCUAGGGCUCAACAGCUCGCUAGGGGUCAACAACUCGCAAGGGCUUAGCCCAAAAGGGCUGCUGGCAUUGAACGUGAGCCAUAACUACCUCUACUCCAGCAGUCUGAAUGCCACCACGUGCAACUCAUCAGCGCAGCUGCUCUCCCUGCACAACAACUGCUUCAACUCCAGCGCCAUGCCCUGCAACCUCACCCACACCCAGCGCCCCAGAGAAAAAUGCUCUGCCUUCUGCCACCUUUCCCCUCCCUCCACCCCGCCCUGUCCUGGCCACGGUUAUUGCUACUGGAAAGGGGGGGAAGGCUUGGGCAAUGCCACAUUUAGAGUGGGCUGCACUGGAAGCACUAACGAAGGCCUGGGGGGGUUUAACGGAAAUGGCACGUGGACGAGCGUUAGCGCGUGUGCCCAGAUGAAGCACAUAACCUGUGAUGCUGACAACCACAUCAUCAGCCUGUUAUCAAAUGGCUCUCAAGUUGUGGGAAGCAUACCAGCGCUUAUUGGGAAUCUCAUCCAUCUGACCGCAUUGAACCUUACUGGAAGCCAAUUCCGUGGGAGUCUUCCAACAACGAUUGGGCGACUUACCAAUCUAGUCCAGUGGGAUUUUCAUACCAACUCGUUCACGGGUAAAAUUCCGAAGUCGAUCUCAGCAUUGCAACGACUAGAGAUUUUGGAGUUUGGUGACAACAUGUUCAAAGGCCAAAUUCCAGAUGGAGUCUGUAAUAUGACAAAGCUUACCAAGCUCAAUAUCUCGCACAAUACCUUUGCGGGAUCCAUCCCUGACUGCUUGUCGAACUUAACGAAGCUUAGUAUAUUGGACAUGAAUGACAACCGUAUGACGGGGCAGUUGCUUCCCAAUCUUAAGGCGCUGAAGAAACUCACGUAUAUGGAUCUGAGUAACAACCGUUUUUCAGGAAGCUUACCUUCUAGACUUACUUCCUUGAAGGCUCUCCGCACAUUGAAAUUGGACAACAACAAGCUCAGUGGAGCCCUUGCGCCACUGCCAAAAAACGUCAGAUUCAGCGCUCGUUACAACUAUCUCUCCCGUGCAAACUCGGUGACCUGCAAGAAGGGCUAUCUUGAAAAUAACUGCUUUCUCGAUAAGAAGCGCGUAUGCCCAAAGCUUCCUCGGCGGCCCAUGAAUGAGUGCGCUCCGUUCUGCGGGCUAUCGAGCAAAAUGCAUCCCUGCGUGGGUCGCGGAUCAUGCGUUCUGGACGGGGUGGAUGAAACGCCUACGUGUGUCUGUGAUGGUGGCUACGCCAAUGGAGAGAUCCCCUUCACCUGCAUCCCGGAGGAGCAAAGCUACCCCCAGACCGACAUGAUUAUCAUCGAGUCCACGUUCACCCUCACAAACCGCACAUCAACACUCCCUGGAGAGUACUUUUAUGAAGUCCCCUUCAGGCUCUUCUCGUAUGAAACCAUCGGGAAUGAUUGCGGCCGCCAGUUCUACUUCAACGUCAGCUUCGCCUUCAUGAUGCUUCCAAAGCUCGCUACUGGGGGUGGCGGGCUCGCGUUUGUUGUCUCUUCCACAAAAAAGCGCGGCAACGGCAGCGGAGUGGGGUAUGCUGGGAUGGACAAACGCAGCAUGGCUGUUGAGUUUGACACGUGGCUGGAUAAACAGGACAAAGACACCAGCGCAAAUCAUGUUGGGGUAAACCUGAAAGGAAGCCCCUUCUCUGUGAAAACUGCUAACGUCUCAAAGGACCUGAACAAUGGGAGGAUGUACUUCGCAUGGGUGGACUAUGGCCCCGGGGAGUCUGAGAGCUUGAGGGUGUUCGUUAAUGCUUCCAACACCAAGCCGGACAACCCCUCGCUCUCCAUGAACCUCUCGCUCUGCGACCUCCUCCAGCCCACACCGAAGAAGAACUCGUAUUACUUUGGCUUUGUGGCGGCAUCACUACCCCGGCACGAGCAGGAGCAUCUCGUGGCAACGACAACCAUUGACAUAGGAUUUACUCUGCCCCCAGCACUGCCUGAAGAUGGCAGGGCCACGGGCCUGGUUUUGGAUGUGGAUACAUUUAACCCCACGAUCGCAAGCCCGUUCACGCGCUACGUGAGCGUGGGAUACUCCCCAGCACAGGACGGGCAGGACUCGUGGAACAUCCCCACCUUAUCCACGUGGACCUUGGACUCGACCUGGGAGGCACCGGACCAAGGCGAUUGCAGCGACUGUUGGGCGUAUGCAGUGGUGGCGAGCAUAGAGGCGGCAUACGGCAUCGCCACCAACAACAAGAUGUACCCGUCGCUCUCCAUCAACUCCCUCUUCGAGGUCACCAGGAUGGCUUCCUGCGAGAGCGGCUCGCCCACCCUCGCCUUUCAGAAACUCGUUGCCUCUAAGAAGGGCCUUCGGAAUACCUCUUCUUGGGAUUCCUCCCCCUCCUCCUUGGCUUCCGUUCGCUCGCCCUCCUCUUCUCUCGUCGCCUGGUUAUUCAAAGCAGUGUGGCACAGUCCCUCCCUUGGCAAAGCCGCUCUUCCUCGUCGUCAUCGUGCAGCAGCAGCAGUAGCAGAAACCGGGAAUUACAUCGUGUCUGGGUUUGAGCGGACGGCAUUCAAGGGGUACUUUGGCCUCAUGCUUGCGGUGCGGCGGCAGCCAGUCGUGGUUCACAUCGAGGCGAGCGCCGCCUCUUUCGUCAAUUACAAUGGGUCGUUCAGGUACGACGAGCCAGAUUGCUACACAGGCAACCUCAACCACGUUGUACUCGUUACAGGCUACCUCCUCAUGGGCACGGAUAAGAACCGACCGCGCACUCUUUCACCCUUCUGGAGGAUCCGCAACUCGUGGGGCACGGAGUGGGGGGCGGAGGGGUACAUUCACAUGGGCAUAGCGCCAGGGGAGGGCAUCUGUGGCAUCAACGUGCUGCCUGGCAUCUACCCGAUCAUCAGAAAUUCGGAUGACCCCUGUAUGCGUGAGUCAUUCAUAACCGGCAACGGUGACGCGGUCAUGAACCCCUGUGGCAGCUACGAGUGCAUCGAAACCGCAGAUGGCGCCUCCAACACCUGUGGAUGCAAGCCCCCGUUCGUCGAGGCCCUGAAUAACGAUGGCUCUCGCUCCUGUGCCUAUGUGGAUGUGUGCAGUGCCAGCAUGCAGAACCCCUGUGAGGUGGGCUCAUGCAUCAACGAUGGACAGGGCAGGUACACCUGCAUCUGCCCAUCAACGCACAUGCUAGACACCACAAUCGAUGGCUUCCCGACCUGCACCAGAGGUUUUGGCACUGCUACCACCCUGAUGGUGGCUGGGAGCAACUGGCAUUGUGCCGACGUGCAUUCUCUCUUCGGACUCACACUAGACGAGUUUAAACAUAAUAACGUGAAAAUUGACUGCUCGGAUCGGCUCCCAUGGAACCAACCGCUUAACAUGGCUAAGGCAAAUGUGGAUGCGUGCUCUGCUUUCUACUACACACUACCAUCGGACACCUGCUCUUCAAUUGAGACGUUCCUCAAGUUAAGCGGCUCCUUGGAGAAGCUCAACCCAGGCAUUCAAUGCUUAAGCCUCGAUGCAUCCCGCUCCCUUUGUAUCGAGCGUAACUCGACAGCUUUGGGCCCCGUCCGCAAGUGCCAUAAGACUGCCAUAAUAACGAAGAUGGAUGACUGCACAAACGCAGGGAAUGCCCUCGGGAGUGGUAUAACCAUGGUGGACCUGUACCGAAUGAACCCGGGGCUUGUGUGCGAUCCUGCGAAAGGCCUGAAGGGCGAUGCAAGUGGAAGCAUGAAAGUGGAGGUUUGUGUGGAUGCAGAAUAUGACAACUACUCUAUGGGUAAAUGCUCCGUAGGCAAAUUGAAGUACUUUAAAGCUGACACACCGUGCGUUAGCCUUCUUGCCAGAGAAUUCAAGGGGAAGCGAGCAGAUUUCAGAGCUUUGAACAAGAGAGAGUGUGCCACCACUAUCGGGGGGAAGCCUCAAGAGCAUGUGGCUUUAUGCAUACCCUCUUAGCUCCCAAGUGAUCUUUGCGAUGUUCGUGGUGUUUGUUAUUGUGGACUUGAUGUUCAUGACAUGUGUGAUGUUUUCGCUCUUCUUGAUAGUAUGAUCACGAUUGUGCAAGACUUGUUUAG